AUGAAUGAUAGAGGAGCUAACCCUAAUGGCUGGCAACCUGAUGGAUGUGCUUUAAAACAAUACGAAUCUUAUGACUCGGCAAAAUUAGGAGAAUGCUUUCGACCAGGUGAUGAAAUCAUCUUUCUAGGUGAUUCAACUUCCCAGCAAGUUUACUGGGGAUUUUUCAAUGUAUUUCAUGGCCUACAUCGUAACGAUUUCCCCAUUCUUCAACAAACUCAAACAAUCGUCGGGAAUGUCACAAUAAGACUUUUAUGGGAUAAACAUCUCAACAAUAAAGGUUUUAAACUGUUAUCAGAUAUUGCAGCAAACGGAAUAAAUGCAGCCUCAAAAAAAACUGCCUUAUCUUUAAACACUGACCCAAAUUACACCCCUAAAACUUACCUCUUCAUGACUAGUGGAAUUUGGUACCUCAAAAAUCAUAUCCCCAACUAUAAAGAAAAUAUGGAAAAAGUCUUCACCACCAUUGACAAUGCUGUAGAGGGAGCUUUUGAAAAAACUUACUUUUGGCCACCCCUUAUUCCUCACUUUGAAAUGAUGGAUUAUGAUCAUUCAGCUUCUAUGAAUCCAAAAAGUAUGGGAUAUAUAAAUAGUGUUGUUAACUCUCUCUUCAAUUAUGAUCCUCACAAAUUCACAGGUGGUGUACGAUAUAGGACCCACCCUGACCAUAAGGAUGAAGUCUCAACCCAUUUUGUCCCAGUAUUUGACCAACUCAGUAGUGAAGAUCACCCUCAGCAACGUGAUUAUGUUGGUGUUCACUAUCAGGAACCAGCUUUCACUUUGGAAGCAAAUAUCCUGUUAAAUCACAUUUGCAACGCCAAGAUUACCAGGGCCCAAGAUGAAAUCCCUGGAGGAGGAACAUGUUGCGUUGACUAUGCACACCACCAUUACCGUCAAUCUAAAGCAUCCCGUAUUAUUGCCAAAAUCAUCCUGGCAAUCCUAGCAAUCGGACUUUUACUUUUGGCAACAAGACUCGCUUUUAAAAAUGUAACCAUUAUUUUUGGUACUAUUCUUAUUAUCGCGGGCUAUGCAGACUUGACAAACCAGACCCAUUUGGUUAGUAAGGUUAGCAUUUUAUACAAUCAAAUUGACUUUAUUGUUUUAUUACAUUUAUGGGUCUUUUUCACCGUGAUCUCGUGGAUCUAUGAUAAAUCAAUGACUAUGAUGAUGGCUCCCAGUGUGCACUUUGCUGGAGGAAACUCUCUUCCUACUGUUGAACAGCAGUUGAUACGUGAGUGGAAGGGCAUAAGUGCAUCCCUUUUCAUUCUUAUCCAUUAUGUUGGCUAUGACUUGCUUCCUAAAACUAUGGCAGGUGAAAUCUUCUCCAGAAUCUUGUUAGCCACUUGGACAAUGUUGGAAGUAUACUCAUUUGCAGUCGAUUAUAUUGAGUCUGGUGAAAGUUAUCGGGACUCGUUGAAGGUUUGGAUAUUUUCUGUGGCCAAAGUGGCGGUGCUGCCCUUAGUGUUAGCAGUCGUUGGUGUUUCGAAAUCAUAUCAAGGCGCUGUAGUAGGCUCUAUGAAUUAUGCCAAGUUGCCGAUGGAACUAAUUUUUUGGUAUUCCUUUGUGUACCUGGUUUCCCCCAUGACGUCAUGGAAGCAAGUGGGCCGAUGGAACUUGCCAGUUUCCGCUUGGACACUCAUUGUGGUUGCUGCCAUCGUCUGCCGCCUAUUUUUGUAUCUCGGUGUUAAAUUUUUCAACAGUAACCAACCAGGCGAUUUAGACUUCCUCUUUAAAGAUUACUGGGUGGUACUGGCUGUUGUGCUAUUUUCAAGAAUCCGGAAUGUCUUGUUUGAUAUUAACAAUAACUACACCAAACAAAUACCUUCAAUCGUAUAUAUAACCGCAGGCAUUGGCCUGUUUUCAUUGGUCAACUUGGUUGCCUUUACCUUUUACUUUGACCUCCCUGAUCAACCCUCGGAAAAUCACUACCAAUACCCAUUCAGUUACUUGCAGAUGCCCAAAGCUUUAGAGCUUUUUAAUCUUCGCCAGAAUUUUUACAAUCCUCUUUUGCAUUUCUUUUUAGUAAUUAGCAGUAACGCCUGCUAUGGUCUGCUACGCUACUGGAUACUCAUUAAUACCAACUACCGUUUCAGUUGGUGGGGAUCAAACUCGGCACAAUUCACUUAUGAGGCCCUUGAGCUAUAUCCAUAUGUAUUUUUAAGUGCAGGUGGUUCUGUUGUUUUGGAGUAUGUAUGGACUGGCGCACAUAUAGCACCACAGACUCAGCGCUCCCAAAAUGAACUCCCUGAGGGUUAUAAGUUCCCAUAUCUACUGUGGAAUAUCCAAGGCAAGUUGCGCAAAUGUCUGGCGUUUAUUAUAUCAAGUUCCAUGUUUGGACUUGUAUCAUAUACUUGUGGACAUGUUUGGGCUUGGGGUAAAGAUGACAAGGAACUUGAUGAUAAGAUGCCUUUGCCUUUGCCCUUGCAGGAACAAGAUUAA